AUGAAAGCCGGACCGCUUCUCAUUCAAUGGCACCAUGAGAGCCAGCCCAUCUAUUCGGUUCAUUUCGAUCCUCAUGGUAAAGGCAGGUUAGCUACGGCUGGAAAUGAUAACAAUGUCCGGUUAUGGAGCAUUGAAGCUCAAGGCGAGGAGAGAAAAGUCACAUACCUAUCAACCCUCACCAGACACACUCAACCCGUCAAUGUCGUCCGAUUCUGCCCCAAAGGCGAAAUGCUGGCUUCAGCCGGUGAUGAUGGCAACGUCCUUCUCUGGGUACCCUCCGAAUCUUCCAUGGCCACCUUGACCGAUGAACAUGCCGAUGAUAAAGAAACGUGGAGGAUCAAACACAUGUGCCGGACAUCCACCGGAGCAGAAAUCUAUGAUCUGGCCUGGUCUCCAGACGGUCAAUAUUUCAUCACCGGUGGAGUUGAUAACACGGCUAGGAUCUUUAAUGCACAUACCGGGACUAUGAUCCGCCAGAUAGCAGAACACAGCCAUUUCGUGCAAGGUGUGGCUUGGGAUCCUCUCAAUGAGUUCGUUGCAACUCAGUCAUCGGACCGGUCGGUCCACAUCUAUGCUCUCAAGCUCAAAGAUGGAACGCCCACACUUUCCACUCAUGGGAAAUUCAACAAGAUGGACCUUCCAGGUCGACGAAUAUCGUCCAAUAGCCCAGCACCAGCAGAGUUGCCGCACCGUGCCUCGAACUCUAGUGCCAACAACCUUGCCAUUGCCUCCCCUGCGCCCUCAAAUCCCGGAACCCCCUUGACCACACCUCUGCCAAUGGAUCCUCCCCUUCUGACCUCAAGCCGACGGUCGUCUUUUGGCUCAUCACCUUCAUUCCGACGAUCCGCCUCACCGGCACCUUCCUUACCGCUCCCAGCUGUCAGACCAGAGAUUUCGUCUCCAAGUCUCAAUGCGGCCAUGGGUCUCGCCGUUAAGAAUACCAAUCUCUAUCACAACGAAACCAUGACCUCUUUCUUCCGUCGUCUUACGUUCUCACCGGACGGUAGCUUGUUGUUUACACCGGCCGGACACUACAAGACCAGUUUUCCACUGGCGUCUGAUCCCAUGAAGACCACGGACGACGUGACAAACACGGUCUAUAUCUACACCAGAGCUGGCUUCAACAAGCCGCCAGUGGCGCAUCUUCCAGGGCACAAGAAGCCAUCCGUGGCGGUCAAAUGCUCUCCUAUUCUCUAUACCUUGCGGUCCACCACGAAACCGACCAACCACAUCACUAUCGACACCUCAUCGGGGAGCGAGGAGAUACCGCUUCUGCCCGAUCCCAUCGUCCCACCGAAUACCUCAACGGUAAUGGAGCCUCCACCUUUGUCGGCCACAACUCCCGGGCCUGAUUCAAUGUCCGCGCCUUCACCGAAACCGUCUAUCGACGGGGAACCUGCCAGCCCGGCACCGACUCCAGCGUUCUCCCUGCCCUACCGAAUGAUCUACGCUGUAGCCACGCAAGACGCAGUCUUUGUCUACGACACCCAGCAGACCACACCUAUUUGCGUUGUGAGCAACCUGCACUACGCCACCUUUUCAGACUUAACCUGUUGA